AUGUAUAGCGAUUCAGAAAUUAACACAGACCACAUGCGAAGAAUCGUAUCACGCUUGCCGUACCACAAUCAAGCGAAAUGGAGAGACGUGGCUAGUUUUAUAAUGAAGAAAAGAAAAUCGCCACCGAAUUUUCAAGAUCUAACGGAAUUCCUUGGUGAUCGGGCUCGUGCAGAAAACGACCCAACUUACGGACGUUCGAGAGAUCCUACAAAGGACAGACGACCGAAACAGACGCGAGAAGAAAAUAAGUCAAACUAUGAACAUGUUUCAAGUUUCGCGACUCAAUUUGGUUCCAAUCGUUACCCAUCUAGCAAGGAAUGUCCUGUUUGUAAGCAGAAUCACAAGCUCGAGACGAGCAAGAUUUUCCGGCUUGAGAAGCCUGUUGCAGAAAGAAGGAAACUCGUCCUAAGCCUUGUUUCCAAUGUCUCUCGGGCAAUCAUUUUAAGAGGUUUUGAAUGCCUAUGGAUUAUUUUGCGGCUGAAAUGGCUGCCUCGAUCGAUAUCAAGAAUUGCGGUUGCAUGCGUUUAUAUUCCUCCAUCUAUAGAUCAGGAGAACUUGAACAGGUUUUAUGAGUACUUUUGUUAUUGUUAUGAUGUGUUGAAAUCAGAAAGCCCAAAUAGGUCAAUUAUAGCUGCUGGUGAUUUUAACCCUGCAAGUAAUGGCUUCAGCACGAAAAUCAUUAAUAGACAAUGCCACUUGAAACAAGUCAUCAAAAAACCUACUAGAAAUUCGGCAAUUCUUGACCUUAUUUUGACGGACAUUCAUAAAUUCUACCAAGCACCACUUGUGUUAGCCCCAAUCGGUACCUCAGACCACUGUACACUUACAUGGUCAUCACAAGAACAAAUGAAGCAGAAGCAAAAGUCAUGAAACGGAUAAAUGUAAGACCGCUGA